GGGUUCCUGCUUCUCCCGAAAACCCAGCCUGGCUGGCAUCUUCCCUGCUGGCUCAGCCGGCUCCCGUGCGCAAAAGCAGCAGUUUCUGCCCCUUCCUGUGGGACCAAGGGCUUCUCCCACGCUGCCCCUGCCUGCUUAGGGUGGCUCCAGGCUCCUGUGUUGUGCAGCUCGGGUGCCACCCUCGGUUGAGCUGGGUCCCACCAGCAUGACCGCAUCCUCUGGGCACCAUGGGUACAUCCACCCCCCAGGCUGGGGGGCUCCAGCAUUUCCCCUUUGCACCCCAGCAAGGUGCCCCAUCUCUCCCGUCCUCCAGGCAAACUCCGGCCCGUCCCAGCCAGCCAGCCUUUGCACAGCUGCAUCGCGGGUUUGAAAAAGGAAGAUGUGCUUUUUCCAGUGACUCAUUCUCAGCCUUUCCUUUCCUUUUUUUUUUUUUUUAAAUUUUUAAAGGCACAACCUCAGCCUUGCAGCCAGCAGAAGCCAAGCGCCUGCUCUCCGCCCCACCCAAGCACAGGGCCCGAGAACAACCUCCUUCCUCCUCCCAAAAGCCGACAGCCCUCUUAAGGCUGUUUUCAUCAGCUUUCGCUUCACCCAUCAGGCCGGCCUCAGCUGCAUCCCCACUUCUGCACAGCCCCACGCACUGCUGGGAACCCCCCACAGCCAGAGCCCGAGCAAAAACCACACAAGGAGCUGAAAAGGCUCCAGAACUGGUUUCAUCAACUUUUCAAGCUUGGGAGAUCAUCGAGUGUCCGGCAGUGACGCUGACAGUAAUCGCCUCUGCGGGAGGUGACUAAAACCAAAGAGAAGGAAAGACGACGAAUGUGCAAAUGACAGGGGCAGAAACAGCUGUCCCGUUGGUAAUCUUCACUGUAGAGAUGUUUUGGAGAGCUUAGUGGGAAACUGAAAUGACUGAGGUUUCACACAUUGCUUAGGCUGAAUCCCUCUUCGGCCCCUUUUGAAGUACCCCUGGUAUCAGCAACCAGCUCCGGAGGCUGGGACACCGGGCAGGAGGAAGGGACAGCAGCGAAGGUGUCGUGCUCCUGGAGCAGCGUCUUGCACGUCAGCCAGCCCAAGGCCGUUUCACCCUCCAUUGGCGUGUCCCUCGGUGCUGGAAGGUGGGCCAGCACGGCCCCCCACUGCAGUACGUGCCUCCUCUUGCUCCCGGGACGAGAUGGCCGCCCUCAUCGCUGAGAACUUCCGCUUCCUCUCCUUGUUCUUCAAGAGCAAAGAUGUGAUGAUCUUCAAUGGGUUGGUGGCCCUGGGCACGGUGGGGAGUGAGGAGCUCUUCUCAGUUGUUGCCUUCAACUGCCCCUGCUCCCCUGCCCGCAACUACAUCUACGGGCUGGCCGCCAUCGGCGUCCCGGCCCUGGCCCUCUUCCUCAUCGGCGUCAUCUGGAACAACCACACCUGGAACCUGGUGGCCGAGUGCCACAAGCGCGGCACCAAGAACUUCUCUGCCGCCGCCACCUUCCUCCUCUUCGGCUCCAUCAUGGGCCGGGCGGCCGUGGCGCCCGUCACCUGGUCAGUCAUCUCGCUGCUGCGCGGAGAGGCUUACAUCUGCGCCCUCAGCGAGUUUGUCAGGCCGUCCUCCCUGGACAAGUUCCCAGCCGAGUAUGGGGCUGAGGUGCUGGCCAGGUUCCCCUGUAAAGACGUGCCGGCGAACCUCACCAAGUUCAGGGAUGAGGUGACGCGGAGGCUGAGAUAUGAGUCCCAGCUCUUCGGCUGGCUGCUCAUUGGCAUUGUCGCGGUCCUGGUUUUCCUCACCAAGUGCCUGAAGCACUGCUGCUCGCCGCUGAGCUACCGGCAGGAGGCUUAUUGGGCCCAAUAUCGCUCCAACGAGGACAAGCUCUUCCGACGCACGGCCGAGGUCCACUCCAGGAUCCUGGCAGCCACGAACGUGAAGCAAUUCUUUGGCUUUGUGGCGCUGGACAAGGAGGAGAAAGAGCUGGUGCAGGAGUUCCCGGUGGAGGGCGUCCAGCCGAGUCCCCAGUGGAAUGCCAUCACGGGUGUCUACAUCUACCGGGAGAACAAGGGCUUCCCCCUCUACAGCCGGCUCCACAAAUGGGCCAAAGGGGUGGAAGGGAAUGGGCCAAGCCCAGAAGGCCACGAAAUGCUCUUUUUGGCUUCCUAAGACAGACGGGCGCUGGCAGCGGUUCCCCAGACCCACCUGGCAGGCCCACCAGUAUCAGUGCAUGGCCAAGGGAUUCACUGGGAAUAUUCCUCCCAGCAGGAUUACUUCUCUCAGCAGGUAAAUAGGGAUCAACAGCCUCAAGGUAGAGGCUGAUAAGCAAUACACUGAGCUGGGGAACCCCUCCCUUGCAGACAAGCGUCUCGUUGCUGCUCCCAGAGACACAAGGGGAAGCAAAGAGCAGGUGCACACCUUACCUCCAGGCUGCCAGUGUACCCUGCUGUCUAAAUGCACCAUCAGAAGCCUUGGGGAGCAAGAGGUGGGCACGACAUUUCUAACUGUGACUCCUGCAGUCCCACGUGUCUCUCCCAUGGCAGGGUCAGCCCCAGCCAUCCCACACACCUUCUUGUUUUAUUGGCAUUGGUAUCUUCUUAGCGCAGUUGUGCAGCGCCUGUUAUGCAGGCAGGUCUCAGAGCACUUUACAGACUUUACAGCGCAGGGAAAAGAGGGAAGCAGUGGGUAAAUUCCUGUGGCAAGGGGGAUGCAACAGCACCUGGGAAGGAAUGGGUCAGUAAUACAGCAACACGCUGAAUAACUGAGAGACUAAGGCAGGAGGAAUCACCAAUAUUCCCAGUAUUCAGAAAGAGACUCUGUAAUUACCAAGUUGGAAUUUGGGUAGGACACCAAACUCCUUUUGUUCUUACUGCAGUGCCUGGCAACCUCUAAUGAGCCCAAGUGGCUGCAGCCAUAAGUUUAUAAACCCAGAAGAUGGCACCAGCAGCAGAAUAGCUUUUGGGCAAGGUGGCUCAGUGGAGGCUGAGAGGAAGCAGUCCUCUGUCUGCAGCUCAUUGCAUCUCUCAACCAACCACUGGAUAAGAGCCCUGCUUGUUUGGGUUGCGAGUUGCAGCAAGACCUUAAGCAGAAUUAGAUUUACAUAUAUGUAUAUAUACACACAUGCAUAUAUAUAUAUAGUGUAGAUACUAUGUAAUUGUAGUUAGUUAGCUGUAUUAAUGGAGCAUCUUUCUUCAAGGGAAAGGAGAUGAGGAAGUUGCCAGCCGAAAGACCACAUUACAUGCACCCAUCUGCUGCACUGGGACUGCAGCCCUGGAGUGAUGAGGGACAGUAGGAACGGGAUGAGGGGAGCAGCCCUCUCCCUAUCCUUCUACCACUGAAUUUUCUUAAGCUCUUUCCACUGGUCUCUUUUAUGGACUUGGCCAUACCCUGAGAAAGUAAAGCCAGAAAGGUGUAAAAUUAGUGCCUUCACCAUGACACUGUGCUGACUAUGGCUUCAAGGCACUGCACAGUCCCUUUUCUCCCAAGGGUCAGCCCUUCAUACCCAACACUGUUUCAAGAGCUGGCAGGACAAUGAAGUUUGUUUUUCCUAUUUGUACUGUUUCUUUAUAGGUACAACUUCCUUUUACACUAUGCCAUUUACCAAAAAGCCUUAAGUUGUUAAAAAAAUGACUUAAACCCACAGAACUCAGAAGGUCUUACACACAAGGAGAUUUGAAAUAAAUUAUUAAAUUAGAGUUA